UUGUGUUGGGCCCAUAACAACCAUAUUUUUCAUUUUCAUUUUUACAAUAAUGUGGCUCAAACGGGGGCCUAUUCUGGACAGGGAACUUUGAUGGCACUGGCAUCGUUUGCAGAAGGAAAACAAGUAGACAAGAUUAGAUCUGCUGCAUUGUUAAGCCCUGUAGCCUACUUAAGCCAUAUGACCACUGCACUUGGAGUUGUAGCUGCUAGAUCCUUCGUCGGUGAAAUCUCCACAGUUUUUGGUCUUGCUGAAUUCUAUCCCAAAGGGAAGGAAGUAAGCAAAUUCCUCAAGUCCUUGUGCGCCUUUCCUGGGCUGGACUGUUAUGACAUGCUAACUGCACUUACUGGAAAGAAUUGUUGUCUAAACGUGUCCACUGUCGAGAUUUUCUUGAAGAAUGAACCUCAAUCAACUGCAACUAAAAACUUAGUUCAUUUGGCUCAAACUGUCCGGGAUGGAAUCUUGUCAAAGUAUGAUUACGGAAAUGCCAAUUUCAACGUGGAACAUUAUGGAGAAGCAAAGCCCCCGGUUUAUGAUUUGAGAAAAAUUCCUCAUGAUUUCCCCCUGUUUUUGAGUUAUGGAGGCCAAGAUGCUCUCUCCGAUACUAGAGAUGUGGCGACUUUACUUGAUAUUCUUAAGCUGCAUGACGUAGACAAGCUUCAUGUACAGUUCAUCAAGAAUUUUGCGCAUGCGGACUUCAUUAUGGGGGUAACGGCUAAGGAUACAGUUUACAAUCAAAUU